AGAUGGCGAGGUAGGAUGGCCACCCAGCGCGACCCCCGCCGCCCCAACCCAGCGGCCCCUGGGCGGUGCCGCUGACUCGCCGGAGCGCACAGGGGUGUGGGCGGAGGCGUCCUCGCCGCGCCCGCGCCUUCGGGAGUCGCCUCGCCUCUUCCACCCACUUGCACCUGCCACCCCGCGGAUACCAUGUCGAAGGCGGCCGGAGGCGCGGCGGCGGCUGCGGCGGCGGCGGAAAGUUGUUCCCCAGCCCCGGCCGCCUCGUCCGCGGCCGCGCCCGCGCCCGUGGAGGACCUGUCCAAAGUGUCGGACGAGGAGCUGCUGCAGUGGAGCAAGGAGGAGCUGAUCCGCAGCCUGCGGCGCGCCGAGGCGGAGAAGGUGAGCGCGAUGCUGGACCACAGCAACCUCAUCCGCGAGGUGAACCGCCGCCUGCAGCUGCACCUCGGCGAGAUCCGCGGCCUCAAGGAUAUCAACCAGAAACUCCAGGAGGACAACCAGGAACUGAGGGACCUCUGCUGUUUCCUGGAUGAUGACCGGCAGAAAGGCAAGAGGGUGUCUCGGGAGUGGCAGAGACUGGGUCGCUACACUGCCGGGGUGAUGCACAAGGAAGUGGCCUUAUACCUGCAGAAGCUGAAAGACCUGGAGGUGAAGCAGGAGGAAGUGGUGAAGGAGAACAUGGAACUCAAGGAGCUCUGUGUGCUACUAGAUGAGGAGAAGGGUGCAGGCUGCGCAGGCAGCCGCUGCUCCAUCGACAGCCAGGCCAGCCUGUGCCAACUCACAGCCUCCACCGCACCCUAUGUGCGGGAUGUGGGUGACGGCAGCAGCACCUCCAGCACUGGCAGCACUGACAGCCCAGACCACCACAAGCACCACGCGAGCAGUGGCAGCCCAGAGCACCUGCAGAAGCCCCGGAGCGAGGGCAGCCCGGAGCACUCCAAGCACAGGAGCGCCAGCCCCGAGCAUCCACAGAAACCCAGAGCCUGUGGGACCCCAGAUCGCCCCAAAGCACUCAAAGGACCUAGCCCGGAGCACCACAAACCCUUGUGCAAGGGCAGCCCCGAACAGCAAAGGCACCCGCAUCCAGGGAGCAGCCCCGAAACGCUGCCCAAGCACGUGCUGAGUGGGAGCCCGGAACACUUCCAGAAGCACCGCUCAGGGAGCAGCCCUGAACACACCAGGCACAGCGGAGGGAGCCCGGAGCAUCUUCAGAAACACGAUCUCGGGGGGAGCCUAGAGCAUCUCCCCAGAGCCAGGGGCACCAGCCCGGAGCACCUCAAACAACAUUAUGGAGGGAGCCCUGACCACAAACACGGAGGAGGCGGUGGAGGAGGUGGAGGCAGCGGCGGAGGCAGCAGGGAGGGCACUCUCAGACGGCAGGCGCAGGAGGACGGGUCACCCCAUCACCGGAAUGUCUACAGUGGCAUGAACGAAUCAACCUUGUCCUAUGUUAGGCAGCUGGAGGCAAGAGUAAGACAGCUGGAGGAAGAAAAUCGCAUGCUGCCCCAGAUAAAGGCAGUGAAGAUUAAGUUAGUUUUAUCCAGUGGUGAAGAGGAGCCCACAGGAAGUGCUGAUGGAGCCUCUGUACAGCCACCGUGGCAAGUCAUCCCCAGUGAAUGUAGAGCUCCUUGAUCUGCCAUGGUGUGCACUGUGUCCUGCAAGAAUCACUGAGCAGUAUUUUAAAUCCAGUUUGUGAACACAACAUUUCAAAGGUAUCCUAAGGUAAGAGCCAGUCUUAUUAUUUUCAGAAAAUGCUGCAUUAUGUGCUAGUUAUUAUUAUUGAGAAGAAAAUGUCUCUUCAAAGUUAGUACAAAUGGUAGUUAAAGGUCACCUGGACUUUAGGAUAUUCUUCCGAGCGCAUGAACAAAUGGGAACAUUUUUUACAGAUCACAGUUAAAUCUUUUUCAAAGAAUUGCAUAUAAUCUCUUACAGUACACAUAAUACACAUAAUGCUAAACUGCUCACAUUGGCUGUGAGUUCCACUGCAUGGAUAUGUGAUGUGAUGUGAACCUCAAACAAAAAUCGUGCUUAAAUAAAUUUAUUUAAAUAAAUGUAGCUGCUGUCUAUGAGAUUUCAUUAACUUUUGAAUCCAGUGAGAUGGAGUCACUCUGAAUAAUGUAAGUAGGCAUUUGUAAAUAAUGACAUAGUAGGGUGUAAAGUAGUUUUAAGGAGUUUUGUAUCAAAAUAAAAAGGAACACACCUAUCUUCUAUACAUACUUACAAAUAAAUACAGGUUUUCUCUAUACAAAGAAUCAUCAAUUUCCAGAGCUGGAUAGAACCUUAUGUGUCACAUAGAACAACCCACUUUUUCAGUCAAGGUGUAUUGGGUUCACAGAAGUUAGGAGCGUCCUCCUGUCAGGCAGCCAGUGAAGGCCAGGCUUCAUAAGAUGUAGGCCUAUUCAGUGUUCUUUCUAGCAUGUGCACAGUGGCUCCCUUAAUCCGUUCAUACCAUUAAUAUGAUUCAGUGUAAUUAAGCUACUAAACCUAUUUUUAUCUUAUUGACAAAUUCAUUUUUUCCAACAUUUAUCUUAAAAACUAACAUUGGAUCUGCUUAGCUGUCUGAGAUUUGUUAGAUGUUUAUUGCAUUCCUGCUUUAAAAUAAAUGUUCAAUUUUUCUUAACGCCAUGGUAUACAACAUAAAUAAAACAAAAAGUGCAUUUUACAGGGUCUUCUCCCUGACACAUUUCCAUAGUACUUGAAAAUCAUAAAGGUUUAUUAUAUACACACAAAUACCCACCCCUGCAUGGAAAAUUUAUGCUUAACAGAAUGUGGUAAGAGAGGGCCUUUUGGUUCAGAGUGAACUGGAGGAGGGUGGAUAGGGGGAACUGAUAGUUACAGUCACGGUUUUAAAACUGAAAUUUUAAAAUUGAAAUUUGAUUUUUAGCCCAAAUUCAAAAACCUUGCUUAGCUCUUUCUACUCCAUUCAUUAUCCUUUUCUUGAUGGUCGCAAAGAUUUUUUAAUCCAGACAUAGUCGAUAUGUUUAUAUGCUGCAUCUGCAGUGAGGCCUAUUCAACUAGAAAAUAUCUUUAAAUGGAUGAUGUAGAAUACCUACCUGAUGAGUUUAUUAUAAAGUAAAUAGUGCUACCCUUUAAGACAUCGGUUACUAUUCACAUGUAAUGCUGAGGUAAAAGUUAUUAUUAAACUAUUCUCACCUAUUUUGUGCUGACUUGGGAUUUUGCAUCAUAAAGAGACUCGACUAGAGACAUGAACAAGCAGUUUGCUGUAGCUCCUAAGUCAAUUAAGUACAUUUGUUAAAAGUCCUGUUGGGAAAUUUGUUCUUUUUGAUCAAAUGCUCUGGCACCAACAUCUGCUUGGAAAGCAGUAUAUAUUCAUUGUGCUCAGAGACCCUCCCCAGAACAAACCAUCCACCUCUUGAAGCCAACAUUUGCAAGCCAGUUUCUGAAUCUAUAGAGGCACCCGGAACUGCCUGCUGUCAUAUACCUGCACAUGGGCUGUGGGUCCACAAACCUGUUUGAAAGAUAUGGUAACUCAGAUCACCCCUGAGUGAGCCCCUUCCGGCAAGUGUUUCUAUUUCUGUAGUGCUAGCACACACAGAAGAGUCUAAUUUUAGAAAUGGAAAUGAAAAGUCUCCCUCUCAAGUAAUUUGCUUACAAUGUGGCCUUGCAAUGCAGUCUUUCAGUGCCUUGGCAAGAGGCAAGGUGGUUGCCAGAGCAGUCUCUGAACAAAGGAAAAGAACCUGUCACUGUUGCCACAAGUGCUGAGAAGGGUACGUAGGAGCUAAAUAAAUCAAGCUCUCACUUCCAUGGCAACACAGUGCAGGUCCAGCAUCACAUCUCUGAAGUCCUCCCUCACCUCACCACGGUGCUUAUGCAGAAUUACUAGCAUGGGGGCAGAGAAGGGAGGCUUCUCUCAGACUCAUUAUUCCCCUUAUGUGCGUUUCCUUGUUUGCUGUGGCGAUAGAUAUGUAUCGUUUUGCCUCUUUAUCCUUUUCACAUUUUCUGACUUUGCUUUGCCUUUUGUUUGUUUUAGUCUCAUAGGGCCAUAGAUGUAUGGCUCUUUUAGAGUUGGAAUUGCUCUGAAAAAUGAAAAUCUGUAACUGUUGUACAAAAACUGUCACAGAGUAAGGCUUUCCAGGAUCCUUAAAGCAAGUGAUGGUAUUCCUCAACUGUUAUUUGCAUAGAAAUUACCAUUCUGGCACUCCUGAAGAGAAACUUGUGCAGAAUUAUGCUUUUUUUUUCUCAUGAAGAGUGACCCUAAUUAUGUUGCACAACCUGUGUAGAAUCUGGAUGCUACUGAUAGGAAAAAUUAGUUAAAUCCAUUAAGGAUUGUUUGCUGCUGGAGUCAUACUUGGGAAAAAAAUGGACUCUACCAAAUGAAUAGUGCUUAUACGGAACAACGUUUUCUCUAAAUUGACAUAAUUUAUAUAAUUAAAGGAAAAAGGCUUUUAUGUGUAGUUCAAUAGAGCUUUCAGGGGACAGAUGGGAGCAGCACGAGUGGUGUGGGUGUGUUGGAAUAAAAGAGAUAAUUAGAUAUGAAAAGUAAAUUUAUGGAGAAAAAAUCAUGCUAGAAAACCUAAAUAAAUGGAAACUGGAUUAAGGGAAAAGCUAAAAUUUGUCAGAGAAAAUGUCAGAGAGUAUAAUUCACAGGAAAAAUGUGUAAGGCAACAUGGAGGCCCUCAAAGUGAGGGGAUUCAUAACAUUCUUCAGAGAUUUCCUCAUAUUUGAGGGUUCUUAUUUGAGAACUUCUGAUACAUGAUGAUAAAUCUUCGUUCUAAUGAGAGAAUAUAGGUGAAAGGGAAAUGAAAAUAAAAUAUGGCCACGCUGCUGAUUAAACGUAUUAGUAGAAUUAUUUAAUAGGUGCUAAACUAUUUGGGACUGUGUUAUCAAUAAUUCAUAUUUAAUAGUGUUGCCUUUUUAUAUCUACACUGGUGUAUUAAUUCUAUCUUUGAAUGAAGGUACAUUCAAAACUUUUUUUAUUUGUAAUAGCCAUCAAAAUGUAGCAUUAUUGUUACCUGUCCUUGGCAGAAUUUUUUGCAAAAAAUUAUGGGACCCUAUCAGUCUUAGGUUUGGCUAUAUAGUAAUAUCAACUAGAAAUGUAGAUACUUAUGAGAAGCAAUACUAAGGAAUAUUUGGAAAAAAAAUGGAAAGGGAAUUAUAAGAGAAGCUAAUGUUGCCUUGAACUUAUAGAAAUGCUUUUCUGUUCUUCCUUUGCUUAAAAAAAAAAAGCCAAAAACAAGAAGUUAAAAGUUAAAGAUGAAACAGUCUUCUGUUUUCUUUUCCUUUUUUUUUUCUUCUCUUAUUUUUUUUUUUUGAGACAGAGUCUCGCUCUGUCACCCAGGCUGGAGUGCAGUGGCACUAUCUUGGCUCACUGCAACCUCUGCCUCCUGGGUUUUAAGCGAUUCUCCUGCCUCAGCCUCCCGGGUGCAGUGGUUCACGCCUAUAAUCCCAGCACUUUGGGAGGCCGAGGUGGGCGGAUCACUUGAGGUUAGGAGUUCAAGACCAGCCUGGCCAACAUGGUGAAACCCCAUCUCUACCAAAAAUACAAAAAUUAGCAGGGUAUGGUGGCAAGUGCCUGUAAUCCAGUCUUCUGUUUUCUAAUAAAGUAAGGUAACAGGCUCAUAGAAAGUGGGAAACAUUGUAUAGUGUUAGAUUUUGGAAUAUAGUUAAUUAAAUGUAAAUACCAUUGAAAUGUGGAUAUCAAAAAAGCAGUAAAUUAUGAAACCUUGGCCUCUGGGAAGCUUGUAAAGAUGCUGUGAUUUCCAGUAGAGCAGUCUUACUUUGAUCUCCAUUUCCUGCUGGAGGUUACUACAUCUCUGACUAAUGGAAAAUAAGCAUCUAAACUAAGCUGUCCUCCUCCUCUGUGGUUCAGAGAACUUUCCUUUUUUUUUUUUUUUCUAUUGCAUGGACAUAGCAUAAUUUAUUUAGUCAGCCAUCCUAUUGAUAGAUUUUUUUUUUCAGUUUCUUAUUUAUUUAUUUAUUUUAUUAUUAUUAUACUUUAAGUUUUAGGGUACAUGUGCACAAUG